CAAUUUUUGGCCGCCCAAUUCGGACAUCAUUGAGCAACGAUGAGCGCGGACAACGGAAUUCCUGAAGGCACGUUGCAAAACUUGGUGGACCAAAAGUCCCUUCGCUGGAUCUUUGUCGGCGGUAAGGGUGGUGUUGGGAAGACGACAACGUCGUGCUGCUUGGGGGUCACGCUUGCCUCGCACCGCGAGAAGGUGUUGAUAGUGUCCACCGAUCCUGCGCACAACUUGAGCGAUGCGUUCAGUCAACGCUUCACGCGAGAGCCCACCCUAGUGAACGGCUUUACCAACCUUUUUGUGAUGGAAAUCGAUCCUUCCAUUGAGAUGGAAGAGAGCGCUGACGGAGUGUCGGAUGAAUCUGGCAUGCAGUCAUUCAUGAAGGACUUGACCAACUCGAUUCCUGGCAUUGAUGAAGCGAUGAGUUUCGCGGAAUUGAUGAAGCAAGUCCAAGCGAUGGACUACGACGUGAUUGUGUUCGACACGGCGCCGACGGGGCACACCUUGCGCUUGCUGAGCUUCCCGACAGCAUUAGACAAAGCGUUUGGCAAGAUCAUGGCGCUCAAGAACCAGUUCUCGGGUAUGUUUGGUCAAGUGUCUGCCAUGCUUGGCGGGGCGUUACCGUCGGAGGAAGCGCUCGUGGGAAAGCUCGUGCAAACGCGAGAAGUGAUCCAAAAGGUGAACGCGCAAUUCAAAGAUGCCGACCGCACCACGUUCGUCUGCGUGUGCAUCCCCGAGUUCUUGUCUUUGUACGAGACGGAGCGGUUGGUACAGGAGCUGACCAAAUACGACAUCGACGUGCACAACGUGGUAGUGAACCAAGUGCUGUAUCCUGAAGAAGACUCGAAGUGCAGCAAUUGCUCGGCCCGCCAAAAGAUGCAGCAAAAAUACUUGGAUCAAAUUUACGACCUGUACGAAGACUUCCACGUUGUCGAGAUGCCAUUGCUCAACGAAGAAGUCCGUGGCGUGCCGGCGCUCAAAGCGUUUGCGAAGAACAUGGUGACGCCGUACCAAGGCUAACAAAGAGUAACUCGAUCGCGUCGUGGUUUUUAUGACGAGUCGCUGCUACUAUCACUAUAUGCCCCAACCAAUGCGACCACAGGAGCAGGGGCAGCUGGAACGUUGGGAGUC